UUUCGCUUCCGGUUUGUUGUGCGAGUCUUAGCUGAGAGCAGUCGCUAGGGGGAGCGUCUAGUCGUGUCGUUCUUGCGGAAUUCAUCUCGAUCACCUGAUAAACGUAGCAAUGGCUGGCCGUCUAAUGCAAGCAGCGAGAUGCCCGACAGAUGAACUCUCUCUCACAAACUGUGUGGUUGCAAGUGAGAAGGACUUCAAAUCUGGGCAACAUUUGACCAUUAAAACCACACCCACUCAGAAGUUUGUGUUCACGGUGAGAACGCACCCAAGCGUGGUGCCAGGAACCAUUGCCUUCAGUCUACCUCAGAGGAAAUGGGCUGGACUCUCUCUAAACCAGGAUGUUGAAGUGAGUGUCUACAGCUUUGACCCUUCGAGACAGUAUGUGGGAACCAUGACGCUAGAGAUCGACUUCCUCCAGAAGAAGAGCGUUGACAGCAACCCUUACGACUCUGAUAAAAUGGCGAUUGAAUUUAUCCAGUUUUUCAACCCACAGGCCUUUAGUGUGGGCCAGCAGUUUGUCUUCAGCUGCUUUGACAAGCUUUUUUCACUGGUCAUAAAAGAUAUCGAGGCCAUGGAUUCCAGUAUCCUUAGAGGCGAGCAAAGCUCUAGCAAAAGACAGAAGAUUGAGAUUGGUCUGUUGCAUGGCAACAGUCAGGUGAUUUUUGAGAAAGCUGAGAGCUCAUCUCUCAAUUUGAUUGGAAAAGCAAAGACCAGAGGUUCUCGGCAGUCCAUCAUCAACCCAGACUGGAACUUUGAGCGCAUGGGCAUUGGAGGCCUAGACAAGGAGUUCUCAGACAUCUUCCGUCGGGCCUUCGCCUCGCGAGUCUUUCCUCCAGACAUAGUGGAGCAGAUGGGCUGUAAACACGUGAAGGGGAUCUUGUUGUUUGGGCCACCCGGCUGUGGUAAAACCCUGAUGGCGCGUCAGAUUGGUAAGAUGCUGAAUGCCAGAGAGCCGAAGGUGGUCAACGGGCCAGAGAUUCUGAACAAAUAUGUGGGCGAAUCGGAGGCCAACGUCAGAAAGCUGUUUGCUGAUGCCGAGGAGGAACAGAAGAGGUUGGGGGCCAACAGUGGACUGCACAUCAUCAUAUUAGACGAAAUUGAUGCCAUCUGUAAACAACGUGGCAGCAUGGCGGGCAGCACUGGGGUCCACGACACUGUAGUCAACCAGCUACUGUCUAAGAUCGAUGGUGUAGACCAGCUCAACAACAUCCUGGUCAUUGGAAUGACCAACAGGCCUGACCUGAUCGAUGACGCCCUCUUGAGGCCGGGUAGACUGGAGGUCAAAAUGGAGAUUGGCUUGCCUGACGAGACGGGCCGUAUUCAGAUCCUGAAUAUCCACACGGCAAAAAUGAAGCAGUCAAACAUGCUGGCCAAAGAUGUUGACAUAAAGGAGCUGGCUUUUGAGACCAAGAACUACAGUGGAGCAGAGCUAGAGGGGCUUGUCCGGGCUGCCCAGUCGACUGCUAUGAACCGUCACAUCAAGGCCAGUACUAAGGUGGAGGUGGACAUAGAGAAAGCUCAGAUGCUAGAAAUCAGCAGGAGUGAUUUCUUGACCUCUCUGAAUAAUGACAUCAAGCCUGCUUUUGGCACUAAUCAGGAGGAUUACAGUAGUUACAUCAUGAAUGGUAUUGUGAAAUGGAGCAAUGGUGUGUCUGACAUACUGGGAGAUGGAGAUCUUUUGGUGCAACAAACCCAGAACAGUGAACGCACACCACUAGUAUCUGUGCUUUUAGAGGGGCCUCCUCACAGUGGUAAGACGGCACUGGCGGCCAAGAUCGCAGAGGACUCCCAGUUCCCCUUCAUCAAGAUCUGUUCUCCAGACAAAAUGAUUGGCUAUACAGAGACCGCCAAAUGUCAGGCCAUCAAAAAGAUCUUUGAGGAUGCCUACAAGUCCCAACUGAGCUGUGUGGUGGUGGACGAUAUAGAAAGACUUCUGGAUUUUGUUCCCAUUGGGCCACGGUUCUCUAACCUGGUGCUGCAGGCUCUGCUGGUAUUAUUGAAGAAACCUCCUCCUCGGGGUCGUAAGUUGCUGAUUCUUGGCACGACUAGCAGGAAGGAUGUUCUGCAGGAGAUGGGCAUGUUGGACACUUUCAGCACUACAAUCCACAUCCCUAACAUCUCUAGAGGAGAACAUCUCAUGGAGGCCCUGGAGCUUCUCGGGGGUUUCCAGGAAAAAGAGCGAGCAACUAUUGCAAAAAUGGUGAAAGGACAAGCCGUGUGGCUCGGCAUUAAGAAGCUGCAGAUGCUCAUUGAGAUGUCACUGCAGAUGCCUAUGGAAUACAGAGUUAAAAAGUUCUUGGCACUACUGAAAGAAGAAGGAGCGUUUGGCUCUGAUAAACAUGUGGCCAUAUAGUGUCGGGAGCAGGGGAGUAGCCUGACAGACCAAGGCUAUUUUGAAGCAGUUAAAGGAGUCAGGAAAACACUGGGUGCACUUGAGAGACUGAGAGGGAGCAGACGCACAUACAGAAUAUGUCUCUAUCCCACACUUUCCUUAAGUAUAGUGCACUGUAUGUUUCCAAGCCAAUUACAGACACUGCCCAAUGUUCAACACUAGCUCCUUGACGUGCACAGGGUCUCAUAUUUGUACAGUGCCUCAGGUGUCUUAAGACAUCACGAAUUUUUUAAAUAGUACAUGCAUGUAUAUGAAGAUCUAAAAGGUGUUUUUUUAUAUAUAUAUAUAUAUAUAUAUA